CUCGCCCACUGCAACGAUGGACAGCGAAGUGCAAAGGGAUGGCAGGAUCCUGGACUUGAUCGAUGAUGCCUGGAGGGAAGAUAAAUUGCCGUACGAGGACGUGGCUAUCCCUCUGAAUGAGCUUCCUGAACCAGAGCAAGACAAUGGUGGCACAACCGAGUCUGUGAAAGAGCAAGAAAUGAAGUGGACAGAUUUGGCUCUCCAGUAUCUCCAUGAAAACGUCCCACCCACGGGAAACUAGUGAAUCAGGGAGAUUUCAUGCAGUGGAUGCAGGAAAUAUUUUUCAGCUGACCAUCGCUGUCAUAAGCUUCUCCAAGGAGGAAACAACAUUUCUGAAAAAGGCUCGGAUUCAAACAAUGGUUCUACUCAC